AUGGCCACCCCUAGUGUCCUUGCUUUUGACGCUGAGGGUCGCGCCAUUGACUUUGCGGUCUGGGUCGACGACCUGCAGCUGUACUUGCUUUGCGAUACGGUAGAUGAAGUUUCUCUCUUUGACUUUGUAUCUGGCGCUGUCCCUGCCCCUCCUGCUGAUGCUGACCCCACUGUGCGCUCCAAGUGGGCCUCACGCGAUGCUGCUGCACGUCUUGCUGUGCGUCGCCACCUCCCUUCCUCCGAGCGUGCACACUUUAGUCAGUGCAAGACCGCUCAAGCCUUGUACGACGCUGUAGUUGCGCGCUACUCCUCCCCUUCCUCUGCUACACUGAGCCGCCUCAUGCUACCGUACCUCUUCCCUGACCUUGCUGCCUUUCCCACAGUCGCUGACCUCUUUACCCACCUCCGUGCUAGUGACACUCGCUACCGAGCUGCGCUUCCUGCUGACUUCUGCGCCGCAAACCCCCCUCCCAUGUACAUCACCCUCUACUUUCUCGUCACUCGUCUCCCUGAGUCCCUUCGUGUAGUUAGGGACCAGUUCCUCUGUGUCUGUCCCACCACCCUCACUGUCGACCUCCUCGAGAAGUCCCCGCUAGCGGCCGAGAAGGGCAUAGUCGCUGUAGGGGGCCUCUCGUGGCGCCGCUCUGGCAGGGGCAAGGGGGGCAAGGGAGCGGGUGGAGCUAGCGGGGGCGGUGGCGGGGGAGGUGGGGGCGGCGGGGGGAGUGGGGGUGGCGGUGGGGGUGGUGGCGGGAGUGGAGGUGCUAGUGGCGCAGUGGAGGCGGAGGUGGCGGCGGAGGUGGUGGCGGAGGUGGCGGUGGGAGCGGCGGGGGCGAGGGUGGCGGUGGCGGCGGUGGCAGCGGAGGCGGGGGUGGCGGUGGUGGAGGUGGUCGGAGUGGCUCGUCCGAGCGGAGCAGCACUGGGGGUGGUCAGCGCCAGCAGCAGCAGCAGCAGCAGCAGCAGCAGCAGCAGCAGCAGCGCUCUCCGCGACGUCCCCUAG